CCUUUUUGCCUUCUAGAAGUUUCAAAUGCCACAACGAAUACCACGGAAAAAGCUUUGUUUGGGGUGAAAGGAAAUGGCAACGGCGGCAAUGGGUGGUGGAUUUAUGAACCAAAUUAUGAGAAGUAACACCGUUUCCUUGGUGGGUAAGGCUGCGGCACCGCCAUGGCCAUCAAGCUAUUUUUUGGUAUCCCUAAAGAGAAAAGGAAUAGGAUUUCAACUCUACUGCUGCAGUAACAUCAAUAACAACAACAGUAAUACUUACUUAACAUUAAAAGACGAAGAGCUUAUGCGACAGUGCGAAUUGAACACCUUCAAAGCCUCGGGGCCCGGCGGUCAGCACCGUAAUAAGCGAGAGUCUGCCGUUCGUCUCAAGCACCUUCCGACCGGUAUCAUUGCUCAGGCCGUUGAAGACCGUUCCCAACACAUGAAUCGUGCUUCUGCCUUAGCUCGUCUUCGUACUCUCAUUGCUCUCAAAGCUAAUUGCUGUUUGAUUGAUAUGAAUGAAGUUAGAAAUCCGGUCUCCCUUGAAUCGUAUUCACCGCCUCCCGAGCUUCUUCAAAUUCUUCCCCGAAACUCAACGCUCAGGAGAUCUGAUUCUGGUCCCCAAAUUGGGCCUAACAAUCCCAAGUUUAUAUUGGGUAUGCAGGCUCUGCUUGAUCUAAUCUUUGCAGUUGAUGGGUCUAUAUCUGAUGCUGCAAAGCUUCUGGGGAUGAGUACAGGGGCACUUUCGCGGUUAAUACUAUCGGAUGAUUCUCUUUGGAAGGCAGUAAACGAGUUGAGGGCUUCCAAGGGUAUGAAGCCAUUGAAGUAGCACUAUCAUAUGUGGAUGCUAAUUAUCCCUCUGCAUAUCAGUUGUUUUCAUGGUGUGGUUACCAUUGUUGCAGCCUUGCAAGUAGCACAAGUGAGGGUCUCAACAAUGUACUAGUGCUAAGUGCUAACGCAUGUAUCAUGAUCAUGAUUUUAUUUUAUUUUUGCUUAAAUCUUCCAUACUUUACUAAAUGAUAGAUUAUGGUACAUCCACAUUGUAAUGAGUUUUCAGCAUUUUUACAACUGAAUUGGUAUCCAGUUAAUUUAUGCUUAUAUUAUUUCAUUUUAGGAAAUUAAAAUGUUUCAAUCAAAAUAUAUAAUUAUGUUAUACAAAUCCUAAAUUCUGGAUUGAAAAUACAGUUUUCAAUUAUUCAAAUUUGAAUUGGUAGUCGAUCGAAUGUUUCAUUUUUAAUUAUCCAAAUUUGAAUCUACAAAAUUAUCUAAAAUUUAAUUCCGAAAUAAAUUAUCUAUCGAAUAUUUGAAUUUGCAAAAACUAAUUUCCUUAUUUUAAUAUUUUUGGGAUAUUUAAAUUCGCAAAAUCCUAAUUUAAAUCAUAAAACUAAAAUAAUCCGUAGAUUUGAAAAUCCACAUAAGUUAUCCGACCUGAAUAAGCAAUACGGAUAAUAGAUAUUUUAAGUGUCUGUUUACACCAAAUGAUAUACCACGGUUUCUCCAUGUUAUUCAAUGAAUGAAGAUGUUACAAUAUAUUACAACGUAAAACUUGAAUAGACCAAAAAUUUUACAUAAGUUGCUGCUUGUUUCUCUAAGAUGCUACAUUUUGAUUUUUCCCUUUUCCUUUCUCUUGUAUCUUCUCUAUUCAACUAUGGCAGCAAAAUUUUAUGUUGUUAUACAAGGUAAAUGGACCUAUGAAUGAAUGUUACUUGUACAAAUAACAAUUAUUUUUUUUUACCACAUUACAGCAGCAGCAGCUUUGGUGGGAAAAAUGCUACAAGCUCACGGCUCUCGUUGAAACCUCCGAUUCAGCUUCUGGCGACUGUCCUACCGAUGAAAGGUUUUCCUAAAAUACAAGCACAAGCACAAUCAUGUUUACCAAAUUAUGUUGUAAUGAAUGUAUAAACUGAUCCAUAAGAGACUUGAUGAGUAAGUAAAUACAGCAAAUUGUGUCAGGACUUCCUAUAUGAAAUUAUUUUUGUCCAAUUGGGCAAGGAUGCUUUUUCCCA